GGAGUAACACAAAAAGAAAAAAACCCAAAUCAUAGUUUGCCCUACAGGGUUUUUGGUUUUGGAUUUAUGAGGAAGCCUUGUGAAUCUUGUGAUGUUGUGGGUUUUGCUUGAAAGUUAAGAUUUUGAUGAGGAUUUGGAUUGGCUGAACUUAAAUUGUUUUGGGGAGUGAAAAUGACACUAUCCAAUCAAACAUCUAUGCGAAUUGAUACUUUAGAGCUCAAAUCCUUGAUUGUUAAGAAGAUUGGGCAGCAAAGAGCAGAUAAAUACUUCUAUCAACUUACAAGAUUACUUAGUUCGAAGGUUACCAAGUGUGAAUUUGAUAAAUUUUGUGUCGGGAUUAUUGGAAGAGAAAAUAUCCCUAUUCACAACCGAUUUAUUCGAUCUAUUCUCAAGAAUGCUUGCUGUGCAAAAGUUCUACCAUCCAAAGGUUUUAGAAGAGGGGGAAGUAACCUCACUGCUACUACUGCAAAUGGAUACCAGAAAAACAGUCUUCAAUUGCUUUAUGGAGAUGCCUUGCCUUCUUCCCCUCGCAAGGGAAGGUCACCUGUCAGUGGAGAUCGCAAGUUUAGGGACCGCCCAAAUACUCCAGACCCACUUGAAAAGCCUCAAAGCGUAGCAUGUGAGGAAUUGAAUGCAGGGGCUCAAGAACAACAGAGUGCUACAGAGUUGCUUUCACUUGGUAGUAGGCCCCCAGUGGAAGUUGUUUCUGUAGAAGAGGGAGAAGAGGUUGAGCAGAUCACAGGAAGCCCCUGUGUUCAGAGUAGAAGCCCGGUCACUGCUCCUCUUGGUAUUUCCAUGAAUUUCAGUGGAUCUCGGAAAGCUCUUUCAAAUGCAUCUUUAAGCAGUGAUUACCUUAAAGGGACUUGUCUGAGAAGCGGCGGACUACCUGAUUCUAGAUCAUUAAGACAUCGGUUGGAGCGGAAGUUGGAGAUGGAGGGCAUUAGCGUGCCUUUGGACUGUGUUAACCUGCUGAAUAAUGGUUUAGAUGCGUAUUUGAAGAGGUUGAUUGAGCCUUGUAUGGCUUUAGCGGGUUCAAGGCAUGGAAAUGAGCACUUGAAAAGAGCAAGUGGUCAGUUUGUUCCUGGUUUGAAUGGGGCUUUACCUGGAAAAUACAUCCAUAGAGAGACAGAAUCACUUUAUGCAUCCAUGUUGGAUUUUCGUGUGGCAAUGGAGUCAAAUCCCCAAAUACUCGGAGAGGAUUGGCCCACACAACUUGAGAAAAUUUCCUUGCUUGGGUUUGAAGAGUGAUAAAUACUGUCGUCGUUUUAGUAGUUAAGUGGUUGAUGAAACUGGAAAUCAGUUCCUAGUCACUGUACACUGAUAAUUAGUUUUCUUUAUGCUGAUGGAAUGCUUCUUAUGUUUUCAGCUUUAAUAAAGUUGUGAAUAAAGAAGCCAGUGCGUCACCGGCCUUAGAAUGUUAUUAUCUUGGUGCAACUAGCCUCGAUCUCGUGCUGUUGCUUGUUUUAUUUAUGCGCCUCUGGCUUAUGUGCAAAAAUUCUUAGUUUGAGGUGCAUUUUUUUUU